GGACCAGCGGGGCGGGCAGGCGGGCGGGAUGCUGCGGCUGCUGGCGUCCACCUGCGCGAGGGGCCUGGGGGGUGGCUGGGGCUCGCGGAGGCUGGUUCCCGGGGGCCGAGCGCGUCCGGUCGCGGGACUCUGCGACCUCAGCCGCCGCUUGAGCCGCCAGGCCUCCGACGCCCCCCGGAACCAACCCCCCAGUUCCGAGUUCGUGGCCCGGUCGGUGGGCAUCUGCUCCAUGAUGCGGCUGCCGGUGCAGGCCUCUCCCGAGGGGCUGGACGCCGCCUUCGUCGGGGUGCCUCUGGACAUUGGGACUUCCAACCGGCCUGGGGCGAGAUUCGGACCCCGACGGAUCCGAGAAGAAUCGGUGCUGCUUAGGACCGCCAAUCCUAGCACAGGAGCUGUUCCCUUCCAGUUCCUCAGGGUUGCAGACCUAGGCGAUGUGAAUGUCAAUCUUUACAACCUUCAGGACAGCUGCCACCUGAUUCGAGCGGCUUAUCAGAAAAUCGUAGCAGCCGGCUGUGUUCCUCUGACCUUGGGUGGAGAUCAUACAAUCACCUAUCCUAUAGUGCAAGCAAUAGCAGAAAAGCAUGGUCCUGUGGGGCUGGUGCAUGUGGACGCUCACAUGGACACAGCCGACAAGGCCCUAGGGGAGAAGCUCUAUCACGGGACCCCCUUCCGCCGGUGUGUGGACGAGGGACUCCUGGACUGCAAGCGUGUGGUGCAGAUUGGCAUCCGGGGCUCUUCCAUGACCUUGGAUACCUACAGAUACAGCCGGAGCCAGGGCUUCCGGGUAGUCCUGGCUGAAGACUGCUGGCUGAAGUCACUGGUUCCUCUGAUGGGGGAAGUGAGGCAGCAGAUGGGAGGCAGACCCAUUUAUAUCAGCUUUGAUAUUGAUGGCUUGGACCCUGCUUACGCCCCGGGCACAGGGACACCUGAAAUUGCUGGUCUUACUCCUAGUCAGGCUCUGGAGAUCAUCCGGGGUUGUCAAGGCCUGAAUGUGGUGGGUUGUGACCUCGUGGAAGUUUCACCACCCUACGAUCCUUCUGGAAACACAGCCCUGGUGGCAGCUAACCUGCUGUUUGAGAUGCUGUGUGUUCUCCCCAAAGUGACAGUCGUCUGAACCUUGUCCUGUGAUUCUUCAAGAUGUAACAACAGCUUGCACAGAUGAUAAUUCUCCGGAAGCACUUGUGUGCAAGCAAAAUUUGAGAACUGAAGAGCUGAUGCCAAUAAAACAUUCUGCUAAAAAUGUCAUUGGUAGCUGUAACCAACAUGGCAUUCAGUAAAACUCGAAUCCAAAGAGCCAAUAUUCCUCAGGAGUUUGAAUUAACUUAAAAAAAAAGAUGCACUUGUGCUGUUUUUUCCUUUGAAGAAUGGUGAUGGAGGAUGAAGGGGAGAGGGAUGGAAAAUGCAGUUUAUCUAUAAUUCGGAGGAAUGAAAUGAAAAAAUCCUAUGAAAUCAUACUGUAGAAACAUUCCAGAUUUCUAUAGUAUCUUCCUUUAAAAUAUAGCCCCUACUCUGAGGAGCCUAGGACUGCAUCUUGGUUUUAGGGCUUCUGUGAACAUUAAACAAAGUGUGAAAGGAAAAGAAUGUGCAGAUCCUAAUAAAGAGACUUCCUACUCAAAACCCCAGGAAGAUGCAGGAAUGUCUUCUAAACCACGUAACAUGAGCUGGCCUCCGAAGGGCUGCUUAUACACUUCCUGAACUUACUCCCUCUAAGCCUGUGUUACAUUAUCUUC